GAUUGGCUGUCCCGGUUCCGGCUCUCCAGCGCGGCCCGGACCAACCGGAUAUAGCGGCCGGGCUUCCGUUUCUACCUUCUCGCCCGCUCCGCCCCUCCGGCUCGUUCUCCGGCUGUAGUCGCCAGCACAGCGGCCGCUUCCGGGCUCCGUGUACGUGUGUGUCGGUCACUGGGAUUCAGCGUCGGUGUCGUCGGUGCCGGUGACCUGUCCGCAUGGCUGACCUAGAUCCGUUCGGCGCCCCCGUCGGCCCCGCGCUGGGGAACGGGGUGGCCGGCGAGGAAGACCCGGCCGCGGCCUUCCUGGCGCAGCAGGAAAGCGAGAUUGCGGGCAUCGAGAACGACGAGGCCUUCGCCAUCCUGGACGGCGGCGCCCCCGGGCCCCAGCCCCACGGCGAGCCGCCGGGGGGUCCGGAUGCUGUUGAUGGAGUGAUGAAUGGAGAAUACUACCAGGAGAGUAAUGGUCCAACAGACAGUUAUGCAGCUAUUUCACAAGUGGAUCGAUUGCAGUCAGAACCUGAAAGUAUCCGUAAAUGGAGAGAAGAGCAAACCGAGCGUUUAGAAGCCCUUGAUGCCAAUUCUCGGAAGCAAGAAGCAGAGUGGAAAGAAAAAGCAAUAAAGGAGCUAGAAGAGUGGUAUGCACGGCAGGAUGAGCAGUUACAAAAGACAAAAGCAAACAACAGCACAAACAUAAACCAUCCUUGCUACAGCCUAGAACAGGCAGCAGAAGAAGCCUUUGUAAAUGAUAUUGAUGAGUCAUCCCCAGGCACAGAGUGGGAACGGGUGGCCCGGCUGUGUGACUUUAACCCUAAGUCCAGCAAGCAGGCCAAAGAUGUCUCCCGCAUGCGCUCAGUCCUCAUCUCCCUCAAGCAGGCCCCCCUGGUGCACUGAAGAGCCACCCUUGGAGACACUACAUCUGCAGUAUCUUAAUCCUACUCAGUGAAGCUGUUCACAGUAAUUGGAUUAAUUAUGUUGAGUUUUUUGGACCAAACUUUUGUCUUUAGAGUUGAUCAUUGUUUGUGAUUGCAUGUUUCCUUCAACUGUGUUCUCCCUGGCAUUCAGAGAGGCGGGGGGAGGAGGAGGAAAGGCGGAAGCUCCCAACAGUAGCCUCAACCUGUGCUUUUGUGCAUUAUUCUGAGAAUAAAUUUGUUUGAAACUAUAAAUGAAGCUGCUUUAUUGACCUCAA